UCAUAAGCCAAGUGCACCCUUGGGAUUUGUGCCCUGGUUCUUUGCCUCAGGGACUGUGAGCCUCUGGCAGGUCAGGGCUAUCUGACCCCAGCCUGUCCCCCUCCCCUGCAGCCCUGCCCUGAAGCUGUAUCAUGAAGAGGGUGACCCGGGCCCUUCUCCUCACAUUGGCAGGCCUGCCUGCCUUGGAAGCCAAUGAUCUGGUCGAUAAAGACAGUCCCUUCUAUUAUGACUGGGAAAGCCUGCAGCUGGGUGGGAUGAUUGUUGGAGGGCUCCUGUGCAUCGCUGGAAUCUUGAUAGCCCUGAGUGGAAAAUGCAAAUGCAAGUACAAUAAGAAGCACAGCCCCUUACCUGAGAGAGCCACUCCACUCAUCACUCCAGGCUCUGCCAGUACCUGCUGAGCACAGGACCAGCUUUGUGGCACUUUCCGUACCAGCUCCCAUGCUGUUCCCUCCCCCCUUGGGGCCCUUACAUGAUGGCCUUUCUCUCCAAAGCUGGGCCCUUCAGCUCCUGUCUGAUCAGGACACUGUCUAAAGCUUAUUUCUAAAUUAAACUGUCUCAC